UGUCACUCUUUCCUAUCUUUUCCCUGAACGUCUUCGCCCACAUUUUCACUUUCGAUUGUUCCACUGUUAUUGUGCCUGUGUAUAUUUGUGUAAUUUUUGCAUUGUGUGACUGUUAUCUCCGCAUAUGUUUUCGUGUGUCAACUGAACUGUUUAUUUGGCAACGCUCCAUAAACACCACUUGUUUGUAUUCGCUGAUUGAUUUGUAUUUACUAGAGUUUUCAAAAUGUCCGAGGCAGUCAUCACCAAAGCGCUCCAAAAUAUUUGUCAGGAACUCCGUAUUCAGGGUCUAACUCAGCACAUCCGAACAUUCUCCGGGGAGGGCUCCGCCAAAUUCGCCCAAUGGUUAAACGACAUGGAUCAGAUAUCUAUUACGUGCGAUUCAGAGCGUAUGUGUGUUUUGGCGACCAUCACUUUAAACGGAUCCGCUGGUGCGUACGCUUCACGCAUGCUAAAAGAAAACCCCCAAAUCACGUGGUCGGAACUCCGACGGAAACUAAAGGAAAGGUAUAGCGAAAUGACUGAUCCGUACCUGGCUUCGGAAAAAUGCAGACGUCUAAAACAGAACCGUGGUGAGUCGGUACAAAAUUUUGCUGAAAAGCUGCGGACAAUGGCGUCGGAGGCAUUCGAAAAUCUCUCUGCCCCUGAGGCGCAACGCUUCCUAGUAGAAGUGUUCCAAAAAGGCGUGAGCGACGACAGCUUGGCGCGAAACUUGAUCAGGAAAAGAUUCACUAACCUCGAUGACGCCCUCGCUUUCGCUGAAAGUGAGCAACAGGCCGACAGGACUUUCCAAGUCUGCCGCCAUCACUCCCCUCCUCAGUCCGACGUCGAACCCAUGGACUGCAGCGGUAUUCAGUCCGCUACAGACUCUGAACUUCGGACCACUAUUCAGAAUCUAACCUCCCAAGUGCAGCGAAUGUCUCGCGACAUCCAAAAACUGAAACCGCAAAAACGUGCUCAGACCGCCCCACCGCAGGUGCGUUUCAACGUACCUCCGACUACUCCCCCACCGACUUACUUCAACGUUCCCCCGACAGCUCCCCCGCAAGUCCGCUUUGAUGUUCCACCCCCGCUGAUGUCGCACUAUGGCAACGUACAAACUCCCCCUCAAGCCCCUCAGACUCCCAGACCGAACUACCAGUGGACUGAAGAUGGAUCCCCCAUCUGUAUCGCUUGUGGCACACCUGGACAUGUACGCCGUACGUGCCGACGCAACUCCACCCGUCCUCCUCCCCAAAGUACCCAGGGAAACGCGAACGCGCGUCUCGAAAAAUAGCGACCAGAAACGCGCCAAAGAAAGACGGUCCGAAACGGAAAGUUUCUACAAAGAAACAUGGACCGCAAGCAGCACAAAUUAAAAUUAAACCUGAUACGCCGAUGUGCUAUGUAUCUCUGAGCGACCAAAAAGCCUAUUCGUUAGUAGAUUCAGGAGCGGACAUAUCCCUUAUUUCACGUGAAGCUUUUGAUAAAAUUCAGUGCAGGAAAAUCAAGGGUUUUUCUACGAGGAACUGCGUUCCUAUUCGUUCUAUCUCUGGCCAUAGACUCACAAACUUCGGAACGGCCGUACUACAAGUCAAAAUUGCAGGAUUUAAUCAACCGUUCAAAUUCCAAAUCGUAGAAGGUCUGAAAAACGACUGUAUCUUAGGCAACGACUUUCUCUCCGCAUUCGGUGUUCAAUUGGAUUUUGGACAAAAGACGAUGAACCUCAACGGUAACGUCAUCCCUCUGCGACCUCAACGUCUGACUUGCCAAACGACUACAUCUUUGGUUCGAGUGCCUCACAAAGUUACAAUUCCUGCUCAGUCGUAUAUAGAGAUUCCUGCGUUAGUCAACCGUGUUCAAUUGCUAGAUCAAGAUUGCAUAGUUCAACCUUUGAGCAAUGCACCCGUUCUAGGAGAAGAACCUGGUUUGUGUUUGGUUGAAAGUGUAGGUCACGUAGACAAAAACAAGCGUAUUACAGUCGUGAUAGUGAACGCCACU